AGCAACGUCUGGGUGGUGUGGCAGUCUCUCCUCAUCCAGGGCAGGCAGACUUCCUCUCUCUCUCUCAGUGACCAUGUCCACCUCCUACUCCAGCAAAACCAGUUACUCCUCCGGCGGCGGCGGAAGCAGCGGAGGCUCCAUGAGGUAUGGAGGCUCAUCAGGCGGCUCCAGUAUGUACAUGGGCGGCGGUGGUGGAGGCGGCAGCAGCGGCGGUUACGGCCGCAUCUCCGCCAUGAGGGCCGGCAGUGUUUAUGGAGGCGCCGGAGGCUCCGGAACACGCAUCUCCAGUUCUUCCAUCAGUUCCGGUGGCGGCGGCGGUGGUGGUGCUGGUUAUGGCUUCGGCUUCGGUAUGGGAGGAGGCGGUGGAGGUGGCGGCGGCGUCACAAAUCACACAUCAGCCAAUGAGAAGGCCACCAUGCAGAACCUGAACGACCGUCUGGCCACCUACCUGGACAAGGUGCGCAUCCUGGAGAAGGCCAACGGUGAGCUGGAGUUGAAGAUCCGCCAGUUCCUGGAGAGCAAGACGUCCCCAGCGUCCCGCGACUACUCUGCCUUCUAUGUCACCAUAUCUGAUCUGCAGAACAAGAUCCAGGAAGCCACCCGCUACAACGGAGGCAUCUACCUGGCCAUCGACAACGCUAAACUGGCAGCCGAUGACUUCAGAACCAAGUAUGAGAAUGAGCUGGCCAUGCGGCAGUCGGUCGAGGCGGACAUCGCUGGGCUCAAGAGGCUGUUGGAUGAGCUGACCAUGGCCAGGUCCGACCUGGAGAUGCAGAUCGAGGGCCUGAGGGAGGAGCUCAUCUAUCUGAAGAAGAACCAUGAGGAGGAACUCCUGGCCAUGAGGGCGCAGAUGACCGGCCAGGUGAACGUGGAGGUGGAAGCAGCGCCUCAAGAGGACCUCAGCAGAGUCAUGGCUGAGAUCCGCGAGCAGUACGAGGGUGUCUCCGCCAAGAACCAGCGAGAGCUGGACAGCUGGUUCCAGAGCAAGUCAGAGAGUCUGAACAAGGAAGUAGCCGCCAACACAGAAGUCCUCCAGUCCUCCAAGUCGGAGAUCUCAGAAAUUCGUCGCACGCUGCAAGGUCUGGAGAUCGAGCUGCAGUCCCAGCUCAGCAUGAAAUCCUCCCUGGAGGGCACGCUCGCAGACACAGAAGGGCGGUACUCGAUGCAGCUCCAGGGUCUUCAGAGGCAGGUCACCAGCCUUGAGCAGCAGCUGAUGAGCAUGCGCAGCGACAUGGAACGCCAGGGCCAGGAGUACAAGAUGCUGCUGGACAUCAAGACCAGGCUGGAGAUGGAGAUCGCCGAGUACAGGAGGCUGCUGGACGGAGAGGUCUCAGGCAUCAGCAACGUCUCCUCCUCAACUACCUCCUCCUCUAAGAGCACACGCAAGGUGGUGGUGGUCACAGAAGAGGUUGUGGACGGCAAGGUGGUGUCCUCUUCUUCCACAAGCUCCUAAUGGGCUGAAACAGCAAGCAGCACACCAAGAGUUAACUCCCUUCUAAGAACAUCUGGGUAGAACACUGUCAACUGUUCUUCAUUUGAAAGCAAUAAAGAUACUCUCAAUGUGCUGACAAUGCCA